CAGUCAAACAUUGUAAGUGACGGAUAGUGCAACGUUUGGUGGCACGCAAACACCAAUGACAUUUUUAGUGAUCGUGUGUAAUUAACAACAAAUACCUAGGAAAGGAAUAAUCAACUGUCUGUCGAGCAUUAAUUUAAAUUGAUGAAUGUUGGUGUUAUAUUUUAGCUUACACGUAUAUUCUGUUAGAAAAUAAAAGAAUAAAAACAAGUAAAAUUCUUUCUGUGUCUUUAUAAAUUAAAGUUUUAAUAUUUGUGAAUGAAAAAUAAAUAAAAAACGUCAUAACUCAGCUCUGUGACGGCAACAGUAAUAUAUAUUUUAGUGAUAUGAAUUUUCAAAUGUCUGUGUUACCGCUUCUCAUAGCGCUGCUUUUUGUCUGCACUUUAGCGGAUGGCACUAAGUACGAUAAAUCGGAAAACACCAACGGAAAUACAACAGUUAUAGAGGCCUCCAGUAUAGAAAAUGAGAGUAAAAAUACUUUGCAGAAUAACCUUAAUAAGGACAGCUCAAUUGUAAACACCACAAAAGUUUUCGAAAAAUUAGCAAGCUAUCCAAAAAAAGUUCACUCGCUAAAGAAGCGGCCGAGAAAGACUCCCACAGCCCAUUCGUCCUUGGCACCAGCGCAAAACACGAAAACGAAACGUAAAAAAGUGACCGAUGUGACAGCAGCCUUCAAAGACUUACCCACUGAUGAUCUGGAAUUCAUUAAAGAAUUAGACCAACAGUUCCAGCUGCAUGGCGAGAUGAUUACAAUUAAAGUGGAACACGAUAAUAGCACAGAAGUGGACAAACAGAAUAGCAAACGCACAAUAGACGGCGAAUUGGGGUACGGUGCCUAUCAAGUUCACAAUGGCUAUGAGUAUAUGCGCCCCAAAUUCAUGUUCUAUCCCUAUUCACAACACAAUAUACCUGCCGAUGCACCCGGCUAUUACCCACCUAAGACAGAUAUCAGCAUUCAGCCAUCCUACUCCUAUGAAUUACAAGCGCAAAGCUAUGUACAAGAACAAGCGCAUGACGCAGAGCAAACGACAAAAGUACUCGAUGUUCCACAGCAUGUAAAAGAAUCACAUGUUGGCAAUGAAGAGCCGGUGAUUGUUUUGCGCAUACCUGGCCCUACUAAGUAUGCCUCACACUUGCAGUCACUAUUGCAACAGUAUUUGGAAAUACGCGCCGCGCAAUAUCUACGCAUACUGGAAGAGAGCGAGCUGCAGAAUCAUCAGAAAUACCAAACACAAUCACAACAACAUUUAGAGUAUGAACAGCAAGUGAAAGAGCAGUUAUUGCAACACCAUCAGCACCAACCGCAACAACAGCAGGAACAACAUGUGCAGUUAUACGAUCAAAAAGCCCAUCAACAACACGCUGUAAUACCGGAGCAUGCACAGGUAGAGCCAACGAUUGAUUUACAACCACCAAUUCAUCAAGAACCGGUCGUACAUCAACAACAAGCGGACGAAAUCGAGCAAGGCUAUUCGCCCGAAGUUGCAUUUGCGCAUCAGGCGGCACCUACGCCGCGUCCGGUUGUUUAUCCAGAAAUCGAUAACAUCUAUCACGGUUACAAAGGAAAAUCGCAUGCCGCAGCUCCACAACAACAACAUGAACUUCAACAGCCACAGCACGUAAAAUACGCACCACAGCACCAAGAAGAAGAGACGUUGCCUCAACAUCAUCAGCGUGAGCAAGGGUAUUUUGUUCCUGCACCACAACAACCAGCAGCCGUACAACAAUUCUAUUAUACACCGCAUGCGCAAUUUGGUAUACAAGAUACUCAGCAUUAUCAAAAUGUGUACUUCAUGGCAUUAGCGCCGCAGUCUGCCACCUAUCAAGGACACAGCACACAUGCUGCACAUGGUGCUACGCUGCAGAACCAGCCCAUAUACGUACAAGAAGAAGAAAUAGGACGAGGAUUGGAACAGCAGCAGCAUGAACAUAAGCAGAACGAGCUAGUAGUGUCGCAUGCCACUGUUGGCGCACUCGCUGAGAAUAAUCCGCGUCAAACGCAUACCAAAGUCAUUUAUACGCAUAAUAGCGAGAAAGGUGCUGCAGAUUACGCUGGCAGCUAUACGUUGCCUUCAAUACGACCAUAUGAGCGGCAUUCAGCAGCCUACCAUCAGCAACAGCUGCUCUACGAUCAACAACAACAAAACGAGCAUUUACGACAAGAACAACAAGGGCAACAAUUUCUGGAACAGCAACAGUUUGACUCUGAACCGUCGCAACCAUACGUUUCUUCUGAGCACGAGCAGCGUUCGGCUGCCAUCAAGCCGCAGCCAUUUAACUAUCAUGCACACAAAACCAAUCGUCGCGUUAAUCGUAAACGCGGAGCGCCCGCACUAAAAGCCACCACAGCGACCACAACCGACGUGCAGGUGGAUGAACAUUUGCAGAAGAUACGUGAUUUUGUGCGAGAAAAUUUGGGCGCUCAAAUGAGUACGGCGGUUGAGUUUAAGACGACAGCGGUGGUAGAAAGUUAAAUGGGAGAUGAAGUAUGCCAAAAGGGCAUCGACUAUUAAAUAAUUCUAAACAAUGAUAUUAUAUUUUCUCUAUAAAAAUUAAGAGUGAUUUUUAUCUUCCCAUGACUUAACAGUUAUUAGAUUAGUAUCUUGUGUGCUCUUUUCUCUUACUUUUCUGCUUUUACUUUAGUACCACUUUAAUUAUAUGCGUUUUAAUUGUUAUGUGUAAAAAGUCAUUUUAUUUUAAUAUCUUUUAAUUACCACUUGUUUCGCUAUUUGUACAUUUUUUUAAUUAAGGCUAAAUUUUGUUUUUAAAACAAAGCGUAUUACAUGUGUGCAAUACUUAGUAUUUAAGAUAUAAGAAAACUAUUUUUUAUACUAUGCUCAAUAAA